AUGCUGAACAGGUCUGGUCCUUCCGGCAAACGCAACAAUUAUGUUUUUGGCAAGGAUUUACUUUAUUCUUUAAGACAAGAGCCAGUUCCAGCCAAACCCUACGAUCUACUAGAAAACGCACUAACUUUACAAUCGUCAUGCCAGUCGUUGGAACAACAUUCUGCUCCAUUUGCCGAGGAAAGACGCCUAGCCAAGCCUGUGAACGCAAUCCUUAAUGCUGUGGAUGCUGUGAGGUCUCGGGCCUAUCUGCUCACGUCCGUGGACCCACCAUCCAGACAGCGCCAUUCAACUUGGCAAGUGAUGAGGGAAGGUGCUGAGGCAGUGGAGAAAAUGAAGCUAGACCGGCCAGCAUCAGGUAGUUCCAGAGGAAAUGAGUGGAGUAAGUGGCCGUCUGGACAAAAACGAAAGAGGCAUAACGCACCAGAUCAUGAGAUUUGCCAGAAAUAUGACCACGCUCCAGUUGCCUUGACUACGAGGGAGGCAAAAGACGAGGGAAUGGGGUCGAAGACGGGUAGAAAUAUGCAGGCCGAGCGAGAGGUAUCCCGGCGUGCAAGAGCAUCAGAACUUACCGGCCCCUCGGGGCUGGCCAAUAGUCGAGAGCAUCGGGCAGAACGACGCCGUGAGAAGUCGCGUCUUGCCGCGCAGAUCAGACGCAACCGUGAAGGCCAGAUCUUGAUGCUGCUACAAAAUGCUCUGCCCAUACCUCUACCCACCAGCCGAACGAGCUCUUUUCCUACCUUUCAACAGAGUGGUGGCCCGGAAUUUGAUGAACAAGUCAAAUCUUUUUCUCACUUAGAAAACUAUACGCUGCCUCCUGGAGACUGGGAUGCCGAUGCCUUAGCAGAGAGACACUCCGCCAGAAAGGCUAGCAUCUCCUCCAGAACAGGCCGAAGAAGCGUUGUCCGACACCCGGGACAAGGCAGGCAAGCAGGUUGCUCGCUUCUCAACCCCGAAGAUCAAGCGUCGAUAGGCAUCGAGUCUGGCUCCUGCUCUGGACAACGGAGACCUGCGUCGAGAGCGGCCACGUUCGUUCCAUCCGAAUCAGCUGCCAUAUGGACGGAUGGAGAGAAUAGUGUCUCUUCUCAAGGGCAGGCAGUGGUCAAUCUGGAAAAGUCGAUCAUCAUUCGAAUUGCCGGACAAACACUUUUUACAUUCAACUGUCUGGCAGAAGGUAAAUCAUAA